GCAAACAUAACCUUAAUUUGUGGUAAAUGUUUACUUAUAAAUUAAAAAAUGGAUGAAGAUAAUUGUGAUGGACCAUUUACGGUUUGGCAAAUGUUUAAUGCGCCGACUAUGGUGCUAUUCAAUAACCUUGAACAUGCAGCGGAAGGUCUUGAAAGAUUAUUAACAUCAAUUUUGAAACUUUCUGGAGAUUUUUCAGAAGUGUUAAUACCCAGAGUUGGAUCUACCAAAUGUCCUGAUAAUUACUAUUGUGCUUUUAAUACUUGGUUAUUGGGACGAUUAUUUUAUGUAUGUGCUGUCAAAGAAUUAAACACGAUACAUGAAUCAAGUAAAGAUGCCCAAGUUAAAAUCCUAAACAUAUUAUGUGUGAAUGGGGCUUCUUUUUAUGAAAAAUUAAUUUUGCAGUAUCACUCAAUACUGUUUGCUUUAAUCAAAUAUUAUAAAGAAAACUCAGACAGCCUUACGCCAGCCGAAAUACAAUUGGAUAAUUUUAAACCUGAGCAGAUUGAAAUACCUAAUGUGCAAUUAAACUUGGAGCCAAUAAGUGUUCAAGUUACCAAUAUGAAUACAUGCACAUUACUGAUAGAUGUUGUGUUACAAUUACUAUCAGAAUGCAUACCUCCAUAUUUAAUUAAUAUUGACAAAUUUUUAUCCCAUCUUCAAAAGCUAUUUGAUAAUGUCUUAUUCAUGCUUGAGCAUUAUAGUAUAGAAGUUAAAUUAUUAACAUUAAAUUUUUAUGCUAACCUAAUAAACAAUACUAAUAAUUCAUCAGGGAUCCAUUUUCAAAGUAGUUUUCCUCAAACAUAUAGAAAAUUAUUAUGCUGCUUAGAAUGUAUGGUGCAAAAUACAGAUGUACUGUUUGAAAAAUGCAAUAUAACAUCAGACCAACUAACAAAUUUUAACAGUGUAUUAUUGGAAUUGUUAAAAACAUGUGACAAAUCUUUAAAUGCCAAUCACAAAGAUGUCCUAUCAACAAUUGCUAUAACGGUAUUGAAAGAUACAUCAAAUACAAUCUUUAAAAAAGAACUCAAAUUAUAUUGUCUAUCAUUAAGCAAGACCAUAUAUUUUCCUAAAGAUAUAUUACAGAUUGAAAAAAGAGAUUCUAAUGAAAUAGAUAUGUUAGCAGAUUGCUACUACGAAAAUAUAUCAGAAAAUAGCCAGAAAUGUCAAAUAAAUGAUAUAAAAGAGGACUGGUUCUUCAAACAAAUUGUUAAUGUGAUUUUUCAUAGUUUGGAAUGUAGUAAUGAUUCAAGAGAUGCAACUACACUGUCAUUCAAUUUAAAUAGAUGUUUAUCUGUGUUAAGUAUAUUGCAAAAAGUUAUACACUAUAAAAAUAGCAAAGAUCAAUGCAAUGUAUUAGAGCAAACAAAUUUAAAUAAUACAUUUGAAUUGCUAUCAAAGUUAAUUAAAACACAUGAUUAUAUUCUUCUUGAGGACAAUGUUUCCUUGUCACUUUUUCUUAAUAUUGGAUUCACAAUAACUUCUAUUUAUAAAUAUGGGAAUGAAAAUAAGGUGCAAUCAUUUCCAAGAAAUAAAAUAAUGCAAAUGUUAUGCCUUCAAGAAUCUUUGCAUAAUGUAAAAAAAGUUCUUAGCUACAAUGAGGAUGCUAAAGUGCUUAUUCUGAAAUAUAUACUGUUAACAAGGCUUGUCUUAAACACUAAGGAAAAUGAUACUAUGGAGAGAGUGAUACUAAAUUUAGUUGACACUGUUAUACAUAAUAAAAACUCUUCCACAUAUAAAGAGAUUAUAUCAAUAUGCCCUCUAUUAAUUUUGUGUAAAAUAACAUUUGCCAGUAAGUUAAUUGCUGAAGUAUUAUUACCAGCUUUUCUUACUAAAGAUCCAGAGAUUCAAGAUCAAAUAACAAAGAUAGUGCCAGCUAUCGCUUGUAUGUCAUUAGGAACAUAUGCCAUAGUUCUUGGACAUUCAACAUUUGAAGGCCAUUCUAUAUUUUAUAACAAAGCACUAGAUAUAUCACUCAUUUGCUAUAAUUGUCACAAUAAAGUUAUUUUACUAAAGAAUGAUUUUUUAAACAAUAUUAAGAAAGAACACAUGGUUUUAUAUAAAGAAAGUGUUCAAAUAACUACAUCACAGCAAUCAACUUUCAACGGCUUGCGGAAUUUGCUUUGUAAAUUUUUGAAUCGCAAACAAUAUAUAAGUGUAGAGAAUAGUCAGUACUGGAAACUACUUGAGCGACUAUGUAAUCAUUAUUAUGUAUUUAAAUAUGGUUUAACAACUGAAAUUAUUAAUGAGGAAAACUUGAAAUAUAUUUUUAAAGCAAUUAAACCACUGAUUCCACAUAAAGAGACUAAAAAUAAUGAGGGGUCAACACAAAGUGAAUAUAUAUUCCCUUUAUGUGUUAAUUUACUAGUAAAAUUAACUCAAACAUGUUUAGAGAGCAACAAUUAUAAUAAACAAAUAGCAACAUUAGAUGCUAUAAAAGAAUUUGGUCUUUAUUGUGAUGAUACAGCAAUGUUGCCUAUUACGAAACUUUUCAUUUAUUUCAUAAUGCACCCACAGUGUGCAGUAGCACCUAUAGCAGAGGUUUAUUUGAGAGAAAUAUGUGAAUAUCACAAUUACACACCGAACCAAGUGUAUCAUAGAUAUAAAAAAGAUUAUUGCAGACUGUUUGUUGAAUGCAGUCUUUAUUGUGGGAAAGAUUUCGCGAUAUCUUUACUAAAAGUUGUCCGAGCGUUUGGUUUUGUUGGCUAUAGAGAUUUUAUUUCCAAAGAUAUUCAUCAUUUUUUGCCUUAUUUAAUACCAUAUUCAGUAACGAUUAAAGAAGUACCAUCGAUGAUUGAAGAAAUCGCCUCUUUAGUUCAAUGUUCAGUUUCUGAUUUUAUAAUUGAAAGAUUCCCACUUAUUUACGUUCAUGUAUAUUUAAACGAGAAUAAUGCUGUCGCUGAUAAAUGUUAUUCAGUACUUGAGAGAUUGACGAAAUGUUCAAUUUUGAACCUUAUUAAGAAGCAUUUUAGAGUUAUUUUAACUGAAUUUUUGCUUCAAUACUGUUGCAAUCCCGAGAAAGUAUUAAACGCUUGUAGGUAUUUAGCGUGUCAUGACCCUGAUGCUACUCCGACAGGGAGUAUGAAAAUGAGUAGUACUCAAAUAGCGGAUUUCUUGAAUCCUAAAUUCUUGGGUGUUCUUGCAUACUUUGAUCAUAAACUAGUGAAUGCUAAAGUUGCAUUAUCAGUGAAGAGAAAAGCAUUAAAAAGCUUUCCAGAUAUGAUGCAGUUAAUGGGCGUGAAGUACAUAACUCCUUUAAGGUUCAAAGUCCUUGCGACUUUGAGGUCAGCUUUGCCUCUUGUUAAAGAAUUCCCUACGAUAUUAGCUGAUGCAUGGUCAGCGUUUAUUCACAAUCUCGAUAGUAUCUCUCUUGGACCUUUACUAUCAAAUCUUGCUGUAUCAUUAUUACAACAAUUCGAAUACGCUCCGCAAGAAAUCAAUAAAAUAUUUCAAUAUCUAGUAUUAAAAAACGAGAAUUUACUAAGCUCACAUUUAUCAGAUCUCUUCUUUCUUGGAGAUACGAAUAUAUCGGAGAAAGUUACGGCCGUUAUUAAAAGACAUGUAAAUAGAACACAACCAGAAGGGUUUUUGGAUAAAAUAAAAUGGUACUUGGAACAUUUGAAUAAUGAAAUACCAAGAAUAAAGGCCUAUGCGAUUUCACAUUUGGAUGUAUUACUUAAGAAUAAUAGGAGUGAAAUACAUAAAGCGAUUUUUGGCGGGAAGAAUAUCGAUCCCAUAAUAGUGGAGCUUAUUGAUUGUUUAUUACUAGGUUGCAAAGACCCUGAUAGCAAAGUGAGUGAAGCCAGUGGAUCUUGUCUAGGACAGUUGGGGGCUAUCGAAGCAGGCCACUUACCCCGUCAAUACGUGCAGCCUGAUAGAUCGCCAUUCGCCUUCACAAUAGUCGACAACUGUUUCGCGGCUACCGCUCUUGUAGAACUUUCUAGAGCAUUCCAAUACGAAAAGGAUACAAUGAAUAUGGACUGUUACGCUUUAACCAUACAAGAAAUAUUAAAAACGUACGAAAUCUCACCAACUGGCAGUAAGAAGGAGGUAUGGGAUAGCUUCCCAGAGAAUAUGCAUCAGAUUAUGUACCCUUUAUUAAGUUCAAGGUAUACAUUGGCGUAUCCAUCACAACCAAAGAAGUUACAUCCACUUUUCGGUUCCGUUCAUGCGACAACAUUCUUAGAAUGGGCCCACAAUUGGACAGGUCAAUUGAUAUCAAUAAUAGAGUCUGAAAGUAUCCGUGACUUGCUGCGUACAGUACACCCCAGUAUGCGGCGCGAUCUCCGCACUCUGCUGUUAUUCUUUCCUUAUGUAUUAUUACAUGCUAUAGUGUCUAAAACUGACACUAAAUAUAUACAAGAAGAGAUAAUGGCGGUUAUAGGUCGAGAAAACUUGGAUGCGGAAAAUAAUGUACGUUCCGAAAGAACUUACAAGAUGCUACGACAUAUUAGAAUGACCCCAAAUAUCAACUCCGUACAAGCUGAAGAAGGAAAUCAGAGCAAAUGCAGUAAAACAAUAUACUCAUUGUUUGAUUUUCUGAACCGAUGGCUAUUGGAGUGGUGUCAUGUGAAGCAACGACCAACAGAGAAUGAAAAUUACAAAGCGAUAUUAUCAUUUAUGGAUAAAUUCGACAAACUAACGAUAGCUCGCGGUAGUUUCGCCUGCGGCGAGCUGGAGCGCGCGCUGCAGUAUCUAGAGUUAUACAUGGAUGAGAAGAAAGAGAGGGUUCAGGAACAAUUGCCUUUACUGGCGGAGAUAUAUGCUUUGCUAGAUGAGCCAGAUUCUGUUGCAGGUAUUUUAUCAAUAAAACGCUCGGAGCCAUCGUUGAAGGAGUUAAUCCUCGCUCAAGUGGUGACCGGCCGGCUGCAGGACGCGGCCCUUUGCUACGAGAGACUAGCUCAGGAGGGCCAACUGGACAGGCAUAGUAUGCAAGGUAUGAUAGACUGCUACCUGAGCCUGGACCAGCCAUUCACCGCGCACCGUCUGCUGAGCGAGCGCGACUCCGACGACAUGACGGAGCUGGCUGCGGAGCCGCUCUGGAGGCUCGGACGCUUCGACGAAUUAGAUCGACUCGCUCACAAACCUGUUCCUCCAUCUCGUGAAAACUGGGGUCUUUUAAUGGGUCGAGUGUUAUUAGCGUAUCGAAAGCAAGAUCACGAUGCCUUCAUAGUAUCGUGUAAGGACGCUACAAGCAAAUUACUAUCACAAAUGGAUGGGAAGAGUAGAGGAGAAAGUGCCUUAAGAAAUGGCUAUCAGAGUGUACUUGGAUUGCAUAUCGUUAAAGAAGCGGAACAUGCUGAAGAAGUUCUUUGUAGAUUGAAGAAUUUAAGGGAUGGUGACAGAGAAGGCGAGGCGAUACUAAGUCAGCUGUUAGAGGAGUGGCGACGUCGCCUCGCGCUCGUGCAGUCCGACGUGCGCACUGUGGAGCCCCUGCUCAGACUUAGGAGGAUAUUAUUGCAGCAAACACAAGAAUUAUUAGAACCGACACAUCCUAUGACGUCAAAUCGCUUAAAAGCCAGUAUUGGUGACCUCUGGCUGCAGAGUGCUAAACAUGCUCGAAAGGCUGGGAUAUACCAACAGUCUUACAUGUAUAUCCUGAAUGCUGAGGAGUAUCACCCUGAAGAGUUAUUCAUAGAGAAGUCAAAGAUGUACUGGUCUCGCGGGCAGCAAGAGCACGCGUUCACGACGCUGCGCCGCGGACUGGACGAGACAUAUCCGCAGAUAGAAAUACUUACACAAGAACAAAGAAAAAUCUGCGCAAAGGCGAAACUUUUGAUAGCGAAGUAUAAUGACGAGACGACCAACGUAGAUGUAGAUGUGAAUAUUGGAUAUUACAAGGAGUCAGUCGAAGAGUUCAAGCAAUGGGAGAAGAGCUUGGUUUGUUUGGGAGCUUAUUACGAGAAAGUAACCAGUAACGACACAACACCGAACAGUAUGACGUGGUCGCGUCGUAUCCAAGCACUUAAUUCUUAUGGAAAAGCGCUGCAAUACGGACAUAAAUAUCUAUACCAAAGUAUGCCUAGAAUGCUCUCUAUAUGGUUGGAUAUGGAAGUGACGUCAGCGGACACAGGCACGCACUCAGUGCUGGCGCAGAUGACGGAGAUCAUUAAGACGUACUCAGAAAGGCUGCCCAUAUAUUUAUAUCUGACUGCUUUCUCGCAAAUCGUAUCUAGGAUAUGUCAUCCUGUUAAAGAGGUAUAUUUACAACUGAAAGCAAUAAUAGUGAAGCUGAUCCUAGCGUACCCUCAGCACACGCUCUGGAUGAUGAUGUGUGUGAUAAAGUCCAGCUACCCGCAGCGCGUGCGGCGCUGCGCCGACCUGCUCGCGGACACGCGCCUCAAGGAACCCCAUAUGAUCAAACUGCUUGCAGAUUUCAAUCAGUUCGCUGAGAAACUGAUUGAGUUGUGCAAUAAACCGAUACCGACCAAUAAUACCAAGCCAACAGUAUCAUCACUAGUCCGCACAUUACCUCGUUUAUUAACCAGUGACAACUUCAGUCGUAUAAUGAUACCGUUCGAGGAGUUCUGUAAGAUAGUGCUGCCGUCCAAGGCGGCGCGCCAAGAGAGGAUCGACUUCAAUAUGCCUAAGGAACCGGCAGUGUACAUCGCGGGGAUCGAAGAAGACAUACAGAUACUGCCCUCGUUACAAAAACCGAGAAAAGUCACUUUAAAAGGCUCCGACGGUAAAUCGUACAUAAUCCUACUAAAGUCGCGCGACGAUCUCCGCAAGGACUUCCGUCUGAUGGAGUUCAACGGCGUGGUGAACCGCUUCCUGCAGGACGCGGCGAGCUCGCGGCGGCGGCGGCUCUACAUCCGCACGUACUGCGUGCUGCCGCUCAACGAGGAGUGCGGCCUCAUCCAGUGGGUGCCGCACCUGCUCGGCCUCAGGCCCAUACUGCUGCAUAUAUACAAACAGAAAGGAAUUCAUACUACAAAUAGAGAGUUGAAAGAAUUAAUGUGUUCUAAAAACGACCCUUUGGAAAAAAUGCGACGGAUAUUUGAACAACAUCUGAUGAAGAAACAUCCUCCAGUCUUCCAGGAGUGGUUCAGACGAGUCUUCUCUGAUCCUUAUGGAUGGUAUCAAGCUAGAUCGGCGUAUAUACGUACAACUGCUGUUAUGUCAAUGGUGGGAUACAUAUUAGGUUUGGGCGACCGUCACGGUGAGAAUAUAUCGUUCGACUCUCGUAACGGCGACACGGUGCAUGUGGACUUCAACUGCUUAUUCAACAAGGGGGAGACGUUCGAGUGGCCCGAGCGCGUGCCCUUCCGCCUCACACACAACAUGCGCGCAGCUAUGGGCCCGCUCGCGCACGAGGGCAUGUUCAGGAAGUGUUGUGAGGUAGUGAUGCGCGUGCUGCGUGCACAAACUGCAGCCCUGAUGUCGGUAGUGGGUCCGUUUGUUUACGACCCUCUGGUGGCGUGGGGCCGCGCGCGACACGACUGCGCCGAGCGGACCAACACAGAGGCGCUGCAGCACUUAGCUCAUAUACGACAACGACUCAAUGGAAUGGUGCGAACAAAAAAUAAGAAACUGACUCUAUCUUUGUCUCCCGAAGGGCAAGUGGAACAUCUAAUUGUGGAGGCCACCAGCGUUCAGAAUCUCUGUCAAAUGUAUAUUGGAUGGGGCGCAUUUUUGUAAACAUUUCAAAAUAACAUUAUAGUACAAAUUACUGUAAAAACAUUGUGAUAUUCCUAGCAUUUAAGAUAUUUAAGUUUU